CGGCGCGGGAUGGCGCUGCGGUGGCUCUGGACGCUGAGCUUCUGGUGCCUCCUGGGCCGCGGCCAAGCGGGUCCCCGCGCCCACGCCACCCGCACCUGGCCGCCCAGCCGCCAGCACGAGGCAGCCGCUUUCCGGGAAAGCCUUAAUAGACAUCAGUACUUGAAUUCUUUUUUUCCUCAUGACAACUCCUCUGCCUUCUAUGGAGUAAAUCAGUUUUCUUAUUUGCUUCCUGAAGAAUUUAAAGCCAUAUAUUUACGAAGCACAUCUACCAGGUUUCCCAGAUACCCAGCAGGAGUACAGACACCCAUCCCCAAUGUGUCAUUGGCAGUAAGAUUCGACUGGAGGGACAAACAUGUUGUCACACAAGUGAGAAACCAGGAGAUGUGUGGAGGAUGCUGGGCCUUCAGUGUGGUGGGUGCAGUGGAAUCAGUAUAUGCCAUAAGAGGGAAGCCUUUGGAAGACCUGAGUGUGCAGCAAGUCAUCGACUGUUCAUAUAAUAACUACGGCUGCGAAGGAGGCUCUCCUGUCAGUGCUCUGAACUGGUUGAACAAGACACAAGUAAAACUGGUGGGAGAUUCAGAAUACCCGUUUAAAGCCCACAACAGCCUGUGUCAUUACUUUUCCAGUUCACAUUCUGGAGUUUCAAUCAGAGGUUAUUAUGCCUAUGACUUCAGUGACCAAGAAGAUGAAAUGGCAAAAGCACUUCUUGCCUUUGGCCCUUUAAUAGUGAUAGUAGAUGCAGUGAGCUGGCAAGAUUAUCUGGGAGGCAUAAUACAACAUCAUUGCUCUAGUGGAGAAGCCAAUCAUGCAGUUCUUAUAAGUGGAUUUGAUAAAACAGGAGAUAUUCCAUAUUGGAUUGUGCGGAACUCAUGGGGAAGUUCAUGGGGAGUAGAUGGCUAUGCCCAUGUAAAAAUGGGAGGUAAUAUUUGUGGUAUUGCAGAUUCGGUUUCUGUUGUAUUUGUGUGACAUAUUGGAGACAUCAUGAGAAAGCUACAAAAAUGAAGAUUUUUAUAAUACAAUGUAACAUUCUAAGCAUUACUCAGCUUCAAAUUUAGCAAGUACCUACAAAAUGCUAUGGGGCCUAGUAGUACUGAAGUUACAGAAUGUCUGUUCUUUGAGAUACACAGACAACUGAAGUCUGAAGGAGUUCCAGUGCCUCAGCCUUUAGGGGAAUUUAUGAAGCAAGCUGGGGAAGAAGAUCAGAUUAGGAAAAAUUUUAGAUCCUACCACAUCUGAACAAACUACUGUUUGUUUUGAUUUGCUUGCUGUCUUUCUUUUUUUUUUUAUCAUGGUUGUCUGAUUAUUUUUAAUGAGGUACUUUGAUUAGGUGAAAUCAAAGAGACUCUAAGAAUUUGUUUUCCUUUGUGGGAUAUAAUCACUAGCCUUAGAUUACCCCCAUCUCCAUGACCGGCUGACCUAAAGUGAAGUGUGCCUAUCACAAUUAUACUAGCAAUUUUUUGAGAUGGAAUAUCAUAAAGACUCAAAAUACCAGGUGCUUUUCCUCAUCAAAGGGUGCUUAUCCCUUGAACAGUAGAAGGACCAUGUGCAAGGAAACAGAAGACCAAUCCCUUCCUAAAAGAAACAAACUGAAAUUCAAUGACCGUUAUGGAAACUGGGAGGUCAGAAGCCUCAAGUACUACUCCCUGCCAUGCUGGAAUUUUCUUUGCCGGGAAAUUCUUAUUGUUGAAAAGAAUCCAAUAGAUUUAACUUCUUACUUUUUUCUACCUAUAUUAGAGAACAAAGUAUUUUCCUACCUAUUCACUCUCUCUUAGUCUUUACUGCACAAUUCCCACAUUUUUUCUCAUGGUUUAAUGCACUUGACUAAAGAAAUUGUCCUCAUUGUUUACCUUUCUGUUCUAUUUUCUAAUCACUUGGCUCCCUUGGGGUUUGGGUUUUUAUCCACAUAGGCUCCACCUCUUUCUUUCUCCCAUGAUUCUGGGCACCUCUCCUCUCAAAGAGUCCCAUCUCCUAACCCAGCCUGUCAGUCAGAAUGUGAGCUUCCCUGGCCCUCUGACUUCUAGUUUUUCAUUUAGUUCUCCUGGUCUCCCAUCCCAACUGCCUCUUUGUGUUUCCCUUUGGCGUUCACUUGGCUCCUGGAUCUUAAUGCCCGUGAUCAUUCUGGUGUCAUUAAUUACAUAAGUGAUUUCAGGUGCUAUGCUGCUAAUGGGGUCAUGAUUAACUUGUAUCCUCAGCAGUGAUUGAUAAAUCUGUGUGCACAGAAGGAACACUGUGUGCAGCUCCUAUUCUGCAACCAGGAAACCAGCUACUCCUUGUAUAGCAGUGUUAAGAACCUCAUAAUAAAAGAGCUGAUCUUCUGAUUGAAUUUUAAGUAGAAAUGUUUUUUAAACAUCAAUGUAAUAAAUCGUAUCA